GGACACACGGUGGCAAAAGUUGUCACACACAGCACAACGUGUGUCCCGCCGCUAUACAUGGCUAAGACUUUGUUGAAUUUGACAUUUUGUGUCGGAUGCGAUAGGCUUACUUUUAUGCUUGUCAAAAGGUAGACCUUGAUGUGAUGAUGCAAACUUAUUAGAGACUACCCUGUUGUUUGUUUAUUGUGUGUCCUAAAUUCAAAUCCCACAAUGUUAAUUUCCGCGCCAAUCAGAGCCCCAACAUGGGUUUCAAGACGAAGACUUUUGGAAGAGAAACUGUCGGACCUUCACAAAUGGACCAAUCUCAAGCAGGUAAAGCAAGUCCAUGCUCAAAUUUACAAAGCCAAUCUCUUCCAAGACCUCUAUGUAGCACCCAAGCUUAUAUCUGCCUUCUCAUUGUGCCACCAAAUGGUGUUAGCAGUCAGUGUUUUCAAUCAAAUCCAAGAGCCCAAUGUGCACUUGUACAAUACUUUGAUUAGAGCCCAUGUUCAUAACUCUCAGCCUUCACAGGCUUUUGCAGCUUUCUUUCAAAUGUUGAGUGAUGGGGUUUCUCCUGAUAAUUUCACAUACCCUUUUCUUGUUAAAGCUUGUUCUGGUGAAUCUUGGUUUCCUGUGGUGCAAAUGGUUCAUGCCCAUGUUGAAAAGUUUGGAUUUUUUUCAGAUAUUUUUGUGCCAAAUUCGCUUAUUGAUAGUUACUCAAAGUGUGGAUUUGUUGGCGUUAAUGCGGCGAGGAAGUUGUUUACGGUGAUGGGGGAGAGAGAUAUUGUGUCUUGGAAUUCUAUGAUUGGUGGUUUGGUGAAAGCGGGCGAGGUUGGAGAGGCACGUAAGUUGUUUGAUGAAAUGCCUGAAAGGGACGCAGUUAGUUGGAAUACAAUAUUGGAUGGGUAUGCGAAGGCUGAAGAAAUGAAAAUGGCGUUUGAAUUGUUUGAGAAGAUGCCUGAGAGGAAUGUUGUGUCUUGGUCAACCAUGGUUUUAGGUUAUUGUAAGGUUGGUGAUAUGGAUAUGGCAAGAAUGUUGUUUGAUAAGAUGCCUGUUAAGAAUUUGGUUACUUGGACUAUAAUUAUAUCCGGGUAUGCUAAAAAGGGGCUUACAAAGGAGGCAAUUGGCUUGUAUGAUAGAAUGGAGAAGGCUGGGUUGAAAUCUGAUGAUGGGGCUGUCAUUAGUAUUUUGGCUGCUUGUGCGGAGUCUGGUUUGCUUGGAUUGGGUGAGAAAGUUCAUGCUUCUAUUAAUAGGACUAAAUUUAAGUGUAGUACUCUAGUUUCAAAUGCAUUGGUUGAUAUGUAUGCAAAGUGCGGUAGCUUAGACAAGGCAUAUAGUGUCUUUAAUGGGAUGGCAAGGAGAGAUGUAGUAUCUUGGAAUGCAAUGCUCCAAGGGUUAGGCAUGCAUGGUCACGGUGAGGAAGCACUUUGGCUUUUCUCUAGAAUGAAACAAGGUGGGUUUGUGCCAGAUAAAGUUACCUUCAUUGGUGUGUUAUGUGCUUGCACGCAUGCGGGCUUUGUUGAGGAGGGCCGUCGAUACUUCUACGCAAUGGAGAGAGACUACAGGAUUGUUCCCGAAGUUGAGCAUUAUGGUUGCAUGAUUGACUUAUUAGGUCGUGGAGGGCAUCUUAAGGAAGCUUUUAGGCUUGUGCGUAGCAUGCCAAUGGAACCAAAUGCCAUUAUAUGGGGUACCCUUUUGGGCGCAUGCCGAAUGCAUAAUGCUGUGGAUCUUGCUGAGGAGGUUGUGGAUCACCUGGUCAAAUUAGAACCAUCAGAUCCUGGGAAUUUUUCUUUGUUGUCAAAUAUUUAUGCAGCAGCUGGAGAUUGGGACAGCGUUUCCAAAUUAAGGCUGCAAAUGAGGAGAACAGGAAUCCAAAAACCAUCAGGGGCUAGUUCUAUAGAGGUCAAUGAUGAGGUGCAUGAAUUUACGGUAUUAGAUAAAUCACACCCUAGAUCAGAUAAAAUAUAUCAGAUGAUCAACAGAUUGGUUCAGGACCUUAAGGAGGUUGGAUAUGUACCAAAAGCAUAUCAAUAGAAGUUGGUGUGUAUAUUGAGUAUGUAAGGAUUCUUUUGUAUACUGUUAAACAGGUCCUUGUUGUCUCCAUAAUGUUUGAAGUAUUUCUUUUCUUUUGUCAUUCGCAAUUUUUCUUUUUCUAUCCCUCUCUGCUUUUUGUAAUUUUAUAUGUUUCCCCAACUUAAGCAGGUAGAAUUGUCUUCGUAGACCUUGAUUAAGGUUUAUAGACCAUGCUAGGCAUCCUUAUGACUCUUGACACCAAUCAGAUUCGGUUGCCUGCAAGGAAAUAUCAUACUAAGAAUGAUGGUAAUGCAGGCAACAUCAUACUAAAAAUGAUGGUUCAAUUCUAGCAACAAUGAAGAAACACCCAACACACCAAAGGCAGAUGCUCUUUUCAUUCCUAAGGAAACUCUGAGAGCACUGGUCAUUCGUCCAAGAGCAUUGGUGUAUGUGAGCCAGUGCAAAGAAAGCUUCUCAAUCGAAGGAUGUAUCCACUCUGGUGCAUGAGAAUGAAAAUCCGUUGGAAGAUUGUGUUGGCGUGUUGCCAAGGAAUGUGUUCGUAUUCUCAAAGUCAACCAGAAACCAAAUGGAGUUAAUGAAGA